CAUUAAACACCAUCCAUUAAGCACAACCCAUGCCCCCUGUAACGAGAGCCCGCGCCAGAAAGAGUCACCAGCCACCAGCCAGGAAGCAGACGGAGAAGAAGCAGACGAAGAAGCAGCACCGGCUCACUGCCGACGAGCAGGAGAUGGCCGCCUUUGCGCCAGUCCCCGAGACGAUCCGGCCGGGCUUGGACAUUCUGUUUGUGGGCAUCAACCCAGGGUACACCAGCGGAUACAAGCAGCUGCACUUUGGCAACCCACAGAACUACUUCUGGAAGGGACUGUUCGAGUCUGAUCUGAUUCCGGAGCCCAUCCCACCGGAGCAGGGCCAUCUGCUGCACGAGAAGUGGAACAUGUCCAUCGUCAACCUGGUCCAGCGCACCACGCGCUCGACCAGCGACCUGAGCGCCAGGGAGAUGCGCGAGGCAGUGCCCGAGCUGUGCCGCAAGAUCACUGCGAAUCCGCCCAAGAUCGUGUGCUUUGUCGGCAAGGGCAUUUACCAGGUCUUUGCGAAUGCAAAGCAAUUCGAGCUGGGGCUGCAGCGCGAGGUCUACGAAUUCGACAGCAGCGCGACAGCCAGCUGUCCGCCGCUGCAGCCAGGCAAGCUGGAGCAGGGCAAGUUCGCGUACCUGUUCGCCAUGCCGUCGACCAGCGGACGCACGGCGGCGUACCAGAACGCGGAGAAGCUGCUGUUCUUCAGGCAGCUCAAGUACAUCCGCGACUGUGCCGGCAGCGGCAUCGAGCCGGACCCAGAGCACCUGCAAGACAUUGGCCCGCGCACACGAUCCAGAUAUUUUGUGGCCCGUUAGAGGCAAUCUAAUUUCUUUGAAGACAAAAAAACGAC